AUCCCCCUCUCCGCAAUCAUCAUGUCUGUCGCAACCCAGAGACAAGGCAGUUCCACGGACCAAGCUUCCUAUAAUUCCUGUGCAAACCCCAUCCAACAUCGCCCGCGCAAUUAUGUGUCCUACCCUGGUUCUAGUUACAUUCUGCCCUCGGACGAAGACGAACAGGCUAGACUAGCGCUGCAACACCGUGUCCUGGUACGGGCAUUGGGGGACCGGCUUGUUGUCGCACCUAUCACUCUGACACCAGGAAAUCACGUCUUAGACUGCGGGACGGGAUCAGGGAUAUGGCUCCUUGACCUCGCAAGCAAGGUGUCUCCGGAUGUCCAGUUGCAGGGCAUCGACAUCGAGCCUCGGCUGUUCCCGACAACGAGACCCGAGAAUAUGCAGCUCCAAGUCGGUACCGCCACCAAGUUGCCCGAAGAGUGGUCGAAUAAGUUCUCGCUUAUCAACCAAAGAUUGCUUAUCGCCGCUCUGAAGUCUAUCGAGUGGCCGGUCGUCCUGAAGGAGAUUCAUCGCUGCCUGGCUGAGGGGGGAUGGGUGCAGUUGCUCGAGGCUAAGCGCUGGGGCGCCGAGGGUCCCCACAGCGUCAAACACCGGCAACUGCUCGAGCUGUUGUUCUCCUCGCGGCAGCUGCUCAUCGACUGUUCCGUCCAGCUGCCGAAGAUGCUGGGCGAGGCCGCGUUCCAGAACGUGCACGUCGAAGAAUACAGGCUGCCGGCUGGGAAAUGGGCCGGCCAGGAGGGCAUCGAUGUUCGCGAUAAUUUCAUCAACGUCUUCCGUGGCAUGAAGACACCCAUCCUGAACGCUGGCGGCCUGGGUUACGUCAACUCGGAAGAGGAGUACGAUCAGUGGAUGGACGACAUGGCCCAGGAAUGGGAUGAGACGGAGGGCACAACGGUGGACAUUUGCGUCUGCUACGCUCAGAAGGUCCCGGUCGAGGCCUAGAGGACUAUACCCGAGGACGGUCGGAGGCAACCAUGAUGUACUGUUUUACCUGCACAUAAUGUAACUUUACUACCAGGGCUACUUGUUGUAAUGUUAUCGACGUUUAAGUGUCAUGUAUACCGUGAGGUCGCUAGGUUGACCGUGACGGGCGC